UGGGGUGAAUUUUAUCUGCAGGUGGGAAACAAUACGCUAUCUCAGUGGAUACUUGUCACGCCCAACUUGAGGGAGCAAGUCGGCGGGCGCGACACGGAUGCUGUCUCUAUAUCUGAUUGGUCGAGCUUUCGGCUUCUGCCUCUGCUCCAAGACCCAAACUUCAAUACUUCGAAGACACUCAUCUUGGUGACCUUUGACGAGUCA